GGAGGAUACAGACAGCUCAAGAGGUUUGCUUAGAUAAGCAGAAAAACUAAACAUUUUGACAUAGAAUUAAGCAUAAUGAUUAUGGCUCUAGAUUGCAAGAAAAAUAUGUUUCAUGUGUUUGAAAAAUGCUACAUUCUCCAACUUAUGAACAGGGGCCAAGCCCCGCUCAUGACCACCCCCAAGCCAUCCUCACCUACUUUGUGCCCCCUCAGAUUUUUGGAGUGCAUGACGCCGCUGAUAAAUAGUACAGAUAUUCAAAAGUUACAACAUUAUAGAGAACAUUAAUGAAACAAAAGUGAAGGCAUUCAUUCAUUAUUACUGUAUUUAAUCCAUAUGCUCUGUUCCAAUGUAGAAGCGUAGUGACGUUGGCACGUGUUUUACGCACGCAGACCAUAGCGUAGCCACUUAGCCUGCACUGCACUGCCUCAUUUCAUAUGGGAAUGCGAUCCUGUUACACUGCAUAAAUUGAUUGAUUUUAAUGAUAUGUGUUAGGACUUGUAGUGAAGGGAAACAUUUAGCCUAGCAUUAAUCUCUUAUGUAUAAUUCAACCUUAGGUAGCUAGAAGGAAUGGUUUAAAAUGUAAAAUGCUCAAAUCAUAUGCUCUUAUAAUAGGCCUAAUUUGUCGCAUAGUAUGCACCGGUAUUUAGGUUAGGGUUUCCCUUGUAGCCCAUGCAAUGGUCUGCCUGUCUGCAAACAAACUCCCAUCAACAAGGGCGUCUGUCUUUCGCAACAUCCAUGUAAAUAUUUACGCAUUGAAACCGCCGACGGACAACUCAAAUGUGACGCUUAUUACCACCAUGGCUAUUGGCUACUGUUCAGAUAAAUGACCACUUCAUGUCUGUUUUUGGGUCUUAUUCCGCUCAUAAAUGUGCUCAAUUCUAGUCUGACAGCUGCGGCUGUUCUCAUGAACAAAAGCGACAGGCGCGCGCCAGCAGCUGACAGCUACAGUCCUGCGCUGAAGCCUGUCUCCAUAUUCUGACAACACUUAGGGAUUUCUGGGAAGAAGAAGAAGGAGGCUAUCGAGGUUGGGACUUUGGAGAGAGAGGUAUAGAGAUAGGCACUCUGUAAAGGAGUCACAUCGAUCAGAGCACGGAGUCACAGACCAGGAGCUAGUCGAACCCUUCAACGCUCCUUUCUCUAUCAGAAGCUACCAUCCUCCCCAACCCUUUCAAGCACUACCUGGUUUUGACUUCUGUGUCGUGACCCCCUGCGUGCCAUCAUGUCGGAGAUGGAGAUUGUGGAAGACCGGGCCAAGCUGAAACAGGGCCUGGUGAAGGUGCUGCAGUGUGUUGCCACCAUCUCUUCUGCUGCGGCUGUGGUCAACCCGAUCUUCGGCGUGGCCGGCUCUCUAAUCCGAGUGGUGCUGCACCACGUGGACGAUGAGGACAUCCAGACGCUGAAGCGCGAGUUUGGCUCUGUCAACCGUGCCCUGGACAAGCUGUCCCAGCAGAACCACAGCGCCCUGCUACAGAUCAAGAAGGAGACGCUGGACGGCCAGUACUGCCGUGUGGAGGAGAACCUGCGCAAUCAGUUCCGCAAGUUCAUGGAGAUGGUGGAGGCGCGGCCCGUGCACUGCGAGCGCAAGAAGGAGGACUUUGAGGAGAGCUACUCCAACGACCUGGGAGACCAGAACCUGCACACACUCUACGAGGGCGUGGUGGGCAAGCCCAAGCUGUUCAGCCGGCCCAUCCUGGAGGUGUACCUGAAGCACUCGCAGGGCGACCGCCGCACCAUGGAGAACCUGUGCACGCGCCUCACAUACCUCUUCUGCAUCGGCCUGAUUGCCCUCAUGGGUUAUGCCGCCGUCAUCGGAGACGACGAGGAGGGUAUCAGCGACGAGUGGACCGAGAAGAUGGAGCACGUGCAGGAGAGGAUGCAAGAGGCCCUCCAGAAGUGCAAGUGAAGAGGAGAAGGAGGUGUAGAGGCUGCUCCUCUGCUACUUGUCCUCCAUACGUAGGACUUUCUCCACAUUCCCUCUAUGACCUAGGAUCCCCCAUCCUUCCUUCCAUCACUUAUCUCCUUACUCCAGGACAGCUGUGUAUACAACUCAACCAGUUAAUUGACUCUGAAUGUAGAUCACAGGAGGUUGGUGGCACCUUAACUGGGGAGAACGGGCUCAUGAUAAUAACUGGAGCGGAAUUAGAGGAAUGGUAUCAAAUACAUCAAUCACAUAGUUUCCAGGUGUUUGAUGCCAUUCCAUAUGCUCCGUUCCGGCCAUUAUUAUGAGCCUCAGCAGCCUCCUGUGAUGUGGAUUAAUUUUUCUUUACUGUUGGUAUCUAUGAGUUAGAGGUAAGUAGAUUGAAUGAAAACAGUUAGUGAUUUGCCUCAUUCACAGCAGUAGUCAAUUAACAGACCUAUAUAAUAUAUACGUGAAUGUUGAUAUGGAAACCUGCAUACACAGUGGUCUGACGAUCAACCUUUGGACUGGCUCUCAAUUAAAUGUAACUAUGCCAUUCCUGUCUUCUAAAGAGUAAGAGAGAGUGGUUUUAAUGUCUGACAAUAUUCAGCACUUAAAAAAAUAUUUUGCCUUGCCUAGAAAUUCGCUGGUGAAUUAGAGGGAGAUAGAGAGAACAGGCUCAUUCUGUUGCAUGAAUGUAAGAUUCACCAUAAUGGGUAUCUAUUUGAACAUAUAUAUAUAUACUCCAUGCAAGUCCAAUAGUGCCACUGAUGCAAACUAGCACUUUCAGUAAAAAACAUUAUCUAUACUGUGGCCACUAUUAACAGAACAGGCCAAUUACAGUUGAAGUCGGAAGUUUACAUACACCUUAGCCAAAUACAUUUAAACUCAAUUUUUCACAAUUCCUGACA